AUGUCUUCCUGUGAUAGUUGUGAUGAGAACUCUGUCAGUACUGCAGGAGCAUCUUCUUGUACUGCUUGUAAUGCUGGAACUGUAGCUAAUGAUGAUUUGACAGAAUGUGAUGAAUGUGCAGCAGGAACAUACAGAGAAGCAAGCAUGUCUUCCUGUGAUAGUUGUGAUGAGAACUCUGUCAGUACUGCAGGAGCAUCUUCUUGCACUGCUUGUGAUGCUGGAACUGUUGCUAAUGAUGAUUCGACAAAAUGUUUUUUGGGAGAAUGCUCAGCGGGAACUGUAGCUAAUGAUGAUUUGACAGAAUGUGAUGAAUGCUUAGCAGGAACAUACAGAGAUGCAGACAUGUCUUCCUGUGAUAGUUGUGAUGAGAACUCUGUCAGUACUGCAGGAGCAUCUUCUUGCACUGCUUGUAAUGCUGGAACUGUAGCUAAUGAUGAUUCGACAGAAUGUGAUGAAUGUGCAGCGGGAACAUACAGAGAAGCAGACAUGUCUUCCUGUGAUAGUUGUGAUGAGAACUCUGUCAGUACUGCAGGCGCAUCUUCUUGCACUGCUUGUAAUGCUGGAACUGUAGCUAAUGAUGAUUCGACAAAAUGUGAUGAAUGUGCAGAGGGAACAUACAGAGAAGCAGACAUGUCUUCCUGUGUUAAUUGUGAUGAGAACUCUGUCAGUACUGCAGGAGCAUCUUCUUGCACUGCUUGUAAUGCUGGAACUGUAGCUAAUGAUGAUUCGACAGAAUGUGAUGAAUGUGCAGCAGGAACAUACAGAGACACACACAUGUCUUCCUGUGAUAGUUGUGAUGAGAACUCUGUCAGUACUGCAGGAGCAUCUUCUUGCACUGCUUGUAAUGCUGGAACUGUAGCUAAUGAUGAUUCGACAGAAUGUGGUAAGUUGAUAAACCCACGAUGA